AUGGGGCAACUGGCAACUCAUAUAGCGAUUCGUCCUCAGGGAAACUUGCCUAGUACAACUGAAGUGAAUCCUAAAGAAAACUGCAAGGCAAUCACCCUGCGAAGUGGAAAGAAAUAUGAAGGGCCUGAUAUGGUACAACCAGUGGAUGAAGAAAUUAAAGAUCAACCGACACCAACUCCAACAUCAACAGAGACGAUGGCUACUGAUAGUCCUGCACCACAACAACAGUCUCCGCCAAUCAAUAACAACGUCCCAAUCAUUCUUGGGAGACCAUUCUUGGCAACUGGCCAAGCUUUGAUCGAUGUUCGGAAGGGUGAAUUGAAGCUGCGAGUGCAAGGAGAAGAAGUGGUUUUCAUUGUGUUAAAGGCGAUGACUUACCCAAAGGCAAGUGAUAACUGUUUCUUUAUUGAUCUGAUUGAUACCAUUGUGAAUGAGAAAAAGUUGAUAGAUGAUCCUCUAGAAUUGAGCUUAAUUGAAGAUGACUUGACUGAGCAAGAGGGAAAGGAGGUAAUGGAGUAUGUUAAAUGGCUUGAUUCCUAUGGCCCAUUGAACAGAAAGUAUUAUGAAGAGUUGGGGGUAGUACCAAAAGAGCUUGCACCAUCUACAGAGAAACCUCCAGAGCUAGAGUUGAAAGUGCUUCCUAAUCAUCUACGAUAUGAGUUCUUGGGAGAAGAUAAGAAGCUUCCAGUGACAGUGUCCGCUUCACUUUCUGAUGUGGAGACUGAUAGGUUGCUUAGAGUACUUCGGGCGCACAAUAAGGCUAUUGCAUGGACAUUGGGUGAUGUUAAGGGAAUCAGUCCCUCUACAGUUAUGCAUAGAAUUCUAAUGGAGGAGGGCGCCAAACCGACAAUUGAUGCACAGCGAAGACUCAAUCCACCAAUGAAAGAAGUUGUCAGAAAAGAGGUGGUAAAGUGGCUAGAUGCUGGUGUAGCAUAUCCUAUUUCAGAUAGCAAGUGGGUUAGCCCAGUUCAAGUGGUACCUAAGAAAGGAGGGAUGACUGUGGUAAAGAAUGAGUUAAUCCUUACUAGAACAGUUACUGGUUGGAGGAUUUGUAUUGACUACAGAAUACUCAACAAAGCAACCCGAAAAGACCACUUUCCCUUGCCCUUCAUUGAUCAGAUGCUAGAUCGGUUGGCGGGGCAAAAAUAUUACUGUUUCUUAGAUGGCUACUCUGGGUAUCAUCAAAUAGCCAUAGCACCUAAGGAUCAGGAAAAGACUACUUUCACAUGUCCUUAUGGUACUUUUUCUUUUAGGAGAAUGCCAUUUGGAUUAUGUAACGCUCCUGCUACAUUUCAAAGGUGUAUGAUGGCUAUCUUUUCGGACUUAAUAGAAUCAUGCAUUGAGAUCUUUAUGGAUGAUUUCUCAGUCUUUGGUUCCUCAUUCAAUCAUUGCCUAGAGAAUUUGGAAAAGGUGUUAAUCAGAUGCGAAAAGUCAAACUUGGUCCUAAACUGGGAGAAGUGUCACUUUAUGGUAACAGAAGGGAUAGUUUUAGGACACAAGAUCUCAAAAGCAGGUAUUGAGGUGGACAAAGCUAAGGUGUCAAUAAUAGAGAAUUUGCCUCCUCCAAUUUCUGUGAAAGGAGUAAGGAGUUUCUUGGGUCAUGCUGGUUUCUACCAAAGAUUUAUUAAAGACUUCUCGAAGAUCUCUAAACCAUUGUCCAAUUUACUUGUUAAUGGCGUUCCUUUUGAGUUUGGAGAAGAAUGUUUGAAGGCAUUCUAA